AUGUCCGUCGCCAUCCUGCCCCUCUCCGCAUCCAACGGCUGGCCGCCCAGCGUGGCAGGCAUCGUGCAGUCCUCGUUCCUAAGGGGCUAUCUCAUAGCGCCCAUCGCAGUUUCCUCUCCACCCACACACCUCCCACUCCCGUCCCCUUCCUCCCCACCCCGAUCCCUCCCUCUCCUCCCCUCCCAGUCCUCCUUCCUGUGGGGCUAUCUCAUAACGCCCAUCAUGCCUAAUUCCCGCUUCACCCCCCCUCACCCACCUAUGCCCUCCCCCCCUCCCUCCCCCCCUUUCCCCUUCCCACCUUCCCAGUCCUCCUUCCUAUGGGGCUAUCUCAUAACGCCCAUCAUCGGGGGGUCGCUCGCCGACCGUUACGGCGGGCGCCCCGUGCUGGCAGCUGGGCUGGCGCUCUGGUCGCUGGCCACACUGCUCACUCCCUCCGCUGCUGCUCAUUCGUUGGGUGCCCUCUUAACUGUGCGGGCAGUCAUGGGGCUGGGGGAAGGCGUUGCCCUACCCUGCAUGAACCACAUGGUUUCACGGUAUGUAUGUACGACCAGUGUCCAGGGGUUGUCAAGUGGCUCGGUCUGUGCCGGCAGCAGGGCUGGCGCUCUGGUCGCUGUCUACCCUGCUCACGCCCUCCGCUGCUGCGCACUCUUUUGGCGGCACGUGGCACAGCAUGCUGCGGCUGCUCUCCGCGCCGUCGCUCAUGGCCAUUCCAUUCCACCCCCAUGUCUCCAUUCCACCCCCAUGUCUCCAUUCCACCCCCAUGUCUCCAUUCCACCCCCAUGUCUCCAUUCCACCCCCAUGUCUCCAUUCCACCCCCAUGUCUCCAUUCCACCCCCAUGUCUCCAUUCCACCCCCAUGUCUCCAUUCCACCCCCAUGUCUCCAUUCCACCCCCAUGUCUCCAUUCCACCCCCAUGUCUCCAUUCCACCCCCAUGUCUCCAUUCCACCCCCAUGUCUCCAUUCCACCCCCAUGUCUCCAUUCCACCCCCAUGUCUCCAUUCCACCCCCAUGUCUCCAUUCCACCCCCAUGUCUCCAUUCCACCCCCAUGUCUCCAUUCCACCCCCAUGUCUCCAUUCCACCCCCAUGUCUCCAUUCCACCCCCAUGUCUCCAUUCCACCCCCAUGUCUCCAUUCCACCCCCAUGUCUCCAUUCCACCCCCAUGUCUCCAUUCCACCCCCAUGUCUCCAUUCCACCCCCAUGUCUCCAUUCCACCCCCAUGUCUCCAUUCCACCCCCAUGUCUCCAUUCCACCCCCAUGUCUCCAUUCCACCCCCAUGUCUCCAUUCCACCCCCAUGUCUCCAUUCCACCCCCAUGUCUCCAUUCCACCCCCAUGUCUCCAUUCCACCCCCAUGUCUCCAUUCCACCCCCAUGUCUCCAUUCCACCCCCAUGUCUCCAUUCCACCCCCAUGUCUCCAUUCCACCCCCAUGUCUCCAUUCCACCCCCAUGUCUCCAUUCCACCCCCAUGUCUCCAUUCCACCCCCAUGUCUCCAUUCCACCCCCAUGUCUCCAUUCCACCCCCAUGUCUCCAUUCCACCCCCAUCUACGUGCCAGAGAACAGGCGGGCCUGGGCGGUGGGAAUCUGCUUCGCGGGCUUCCACGUGGGCAGCAUGCUCGGGCUGCUCUCCGCUCCCUCCCUCAUGGCCAUUCCAGGCCUGGGCUUGACAGGCCCCUUCCUCCUCUUCGGCGCGCUGGGACUGCUGUGGCUCGCUCUUUGGCUGCUCCUCAUUCCUGGAGAUGCUUCUGCUGCGCCUAGUCCCAUCGCUGCAUCUGCUGCCACGCCCAGUGCAGAGAGUGGCGGGCAGCAGGAAGGGAAGCAGAAGAUGCAGAGUGGUGUUGGUGCCAGUGGGUCGCGCGUGACGGUGUGGCAGCUGCUGUCGCACCCGGCCUCAUGGGCCAUCAUCAUCGCCAACACCGUCAAUAACUGGGGCUACUUCAUUCUGCUCUCCUGGAUGCCACUCUACUUCAACCAGGUCCUGCACACGGACAUCCGCCAGGCAGCAUGGUUCAGUGCGGGCCCAUGGGUUGUGAUGGCGGGCACGGGGCUGCUGGAAGCACGGAUGGCUGGCUACCUGCAGGCGGCGUGGUUCAGUGCGGGCCCAUGGGCGGUCAUGGCGGGCACGGGGCUGCUGGCAGCAGAGCUGGCGAACCGCAUGGAAGGCCAACAGGGCAUGACCCGCACUGCCGUGCGCAAAGUCAUGCAGACUGCCGGGUUCCUUGGUCCUGCUGCAUCGCUGCUGCUGCUCACCCAGAUGACCACCGCCCCCCUCGCCGCCCUCUGCCUCACUGCUGCUCUCGGCCUCAGUGCGUUCAGCCAAGCCGGGUGGCUCCUCAACCACAAGGCUUAUGUGGCGCAACCGCCUACCCCCUGGACCCAUCGCUUGGUGUUUCUUGCCCUCAACUCCCACCCUCUGUGGCUUCUCUGCCUCUCACACCCUAGUCCCUCCACUCCUCCAGUUCACAGUCUGUGUCGUUCGACCUACUCACCUCUCUCUGACCCUCCCUCGUCUCCCACCUCAUCCCCGCCUCCCCCUGCUCCACCCCAUUUUCCUCCUUCCCCGCCCUCCUGUCAACAGGACAUAGCACCGCGCCACGUGGGUCUUCUGCAUGGUCUGUCCAACACAGCGGGCACGCUAGCAGGCAUCACCAGCACAGUGGCAACGGGCUUCAUGGUGGAGCAGCUGGGGUCAUUCUAUGCGGUGCUGGGUGGCACAUCAGCACUCUUAAUGCUCUCUGCCUCCCUUCCACCUCCUCUCCCGCUCUUCCUACCAGGUCUGUCCAACACAGCGGGCACUCUAGCAGGCAUCACAAGCACGGUGGCAACGGGCUUCAUGGUGGAGCAGCUGGGGUCGUUCCAUGCAGUGUUGGCCGUCACAGCAGCGCUCUACGUGCUCGCCACAGUCUUCUGGCUCGCAUACGCCACGGCUGACGUGGUCUUCCCAUAA